AUGCUGCUCUCACCUCAUCAGUCUAGCAAGUCGGCCCCUCAAGAGGCCGAUCUGGCAGAGGACAUUGAUGAGCCCCCUGAUCACCGGUUCCUGAAUACCUCGAUGAAUAUGGAUGACGGUGUCGUUUACGUCAAGUCCCCCACCGCCAUGUCUGACCGGAAGGAGUCCCUCCUCACCCGCGCCCUCAAGAACAGCCCCCCACUCAGCCCGUCCGACCGCCACUCUUCCUCUCACGAGCACUCCUUCUACCGCUCGUACACAUACACCAACAUCAGCGGCCUCUCUGCAGCCGAGUUGACCAGCGAUGGUGGCCUCACCAGCCCAUCUCUUUCCAAUACGCCCAGCCCGCCUCUGCCCUCGCAUCUGACUAGCAAGACCAUGGGCGAUAAGAGAAAGGCAGAGGCCGUGGAAAUUGGGGAGUCAGCGGUCGAGGCCAACCUGGGACGCAAGCGGUGUAUCAGCUUCGCCUGCGGACGCAAAACUGAAGAGCAGAAGCCACAGACCCCUUCCCCACAGCGCCCAGUUACCAAGUCUCAUGACGCCAGCCCGACACCAACGGAGCCCAAGCGGAAGACCGUCCUCACCUUCGUUUGCCCAGCACGGGAUCCCGAGUCUCGACGGGAGCGAUCUCCACUUCGUGGUGGUUGCCGGCCACGUCCCCGCGGCUCACCUGCUCCUAUCGCGCGCAAAGCCUCUCCGGAGAAGGUCGCCCCUUCCCCGGCUAAGAAGUCUCAGGAGCAGAAGGUCGAACGUCGGGGUGUUCCAACUAAGGGGCUGGGUCAGUUCGAAGAGUCUGAGGCCACUCGGUUCCACGAAUUCGCCAGCUCCGUCGAGGAGGACGAUGAAUGGGUCAAGAAGUCGGGCGAAUACCCGGAAAAGAUCACGCUUAACGACUGCAUGAAGAAAGAAAAUGCUAUUCGGAAGCUUGGGGAGGAAGCCGAGGAGGAGGCUUUGGAGGAAGAGAACGAGGAUGACGAGGAGGACGAUUCAGAUGACGCUUCGACCGUUCACGACUUUUCCUCCGAUGACGAUGGGAAUGAAUCGGAUAACGAAGCUGGCUUUGCGGAGUCGGAUGAGAGUGACGAUGGCUCGGAAUAUGACUUCUGGGCCCCGACCAGCACGACUGCUGCCACCAGCCCUCAGACCGUCGACAUCGCUCGUCACCCUUUCAGUCGUCGAGACUCAAACACGUCCUUCGAUUCCGUCAACGAUGGGCAUCACCAGCGUAGAUGGUCUCCUGGCUUCGCCGCCAAGCCAGCUGGCCGCUCUCCCAUGAAGAUCCCAAAGCUGCGUCCUGGUACUCCUAACCUUCCAGACAGUACGGAUUUCGUCUGCGGAACCUUCGACGAAGAUCGUCCUCUGGAGGCUGCCUACAAGUCCUGCAUCGAGCAGCGUCGCCUCUCCAAGCAGAUCGUUAUUCCUCAGGAUAUUGAUCCCAGUUUCCCUACUUCCGACCCGGAGGACGAAGAUGAUUUGGACGAGGAGGAUCUUGAAGAAUCCGUGAUGGAGGAGGGACCCCGGGGAAGAACCGGUCGGGAGCAUAGUGGGAAGAGUUCUCCCCGCGUGUCUCCCAGACGCAUGGUCUCCCCUCCGCCUCGCCGUCUUGGCCGUUCCUCGCCAAAGCGUCUUCGCUCCCCGCCGCCGCCGAUGAAGCUGCGAGCUUCCAACGAUAACUUGGCGUCUGUGGAGGAGGCACCUAGUCUUCAGCCCCAGGGACUCAACAUCAGCGAGCUGGUGCAACGUCCUGCCAUGUCUCGUACCAAGUCGCUGCCUCGGACACCCAACCCCUUCUUUACCAGUCUGGACAAGUCUCACCGCUGGUCUGGCAUUGUCCCCGUGCAGGAAUCGCCCGAGCGCGAAUCCUCACGCACCCGUGAGGUGCACACCCGAGGCCCCAUCGACAUCGUCGAGGGUCUCGAGAAGAAGCGUCAGAAACGCAAGGAGAAGUUCUGGCGCCAACACUGCCGCAAAGCUGCCAAGGAGCAGAUGGAACGGCGACCGAUCCGCGGAAAAGGUGCUGAACGGAUGAAGGAGCUUGGCCUCGAAGUUGCUGAGAGGUGCAGAGCUUAUGGCGUUGGCGAAAACGCCCAGCUCGUCCUAUCUGUUUAG